GGCAGUCGGGUAUGGAGGUCUCCAACAUGUGCCUGGGGACGAUGACCUUCGGGGAGUCAUCUGUAAGUGGAGACCUGUCUUACAAAGUUAUUUAUAUAUGUGUAUAUGUAUAUAUAUAUAUAUAUAUAUAUAUAUAUAUAUAUAUAUAUAUAGAUAGAAUUCGCCAAGAAGACAUGAACUUUCAGCCAAAUAUAAAAUAUUAUGACAAAAUAUAAUGGCUUUUCGAUAAAAGAAUAUUUUAUUUUUUUAAAAGCUUACAUAAAUUUGACACAUAAAAUAAUUCGUAUGCAUUCACUCUUUGAAUGCAACACAACUUCAUGGUCUUGCAUUCAUGCAGCCAAUUUUAAUGAGGCAAACAUUCACAGUCAUGUAGUCAUGAUGACACAUAUCAAGCCAUUUACAUAUUGCCAUAUUCAUAAUCACCACACAAAAAUCCAUACACAGAUUCAAGAUACAUAUAAGCUAGCUACAGCCCGUCAAACAGUGGCGGCUACAAUGCGUUGACGUCUCAUCUCUUUACUCUACUUGACAAAACAAUACCUAGCUGCGCCCCUGUUGAGAUAGUGAUUUGAAAUUUGAAAAGGUUCUCAGAUCUAUUCUCAUGGCAUUGCAACCCCCCCUNCCGUAGAAUAACCAUACAAACCCUAGUAGAGGGCGUCGGUCUUAAACAACUACGCGGUCCCCCCGGGGUGGUAAGGGGGGACUUUAGAGACGUUAAAUAUCCACCCCAACCCCUUAGAAAGUCCGGCCCUGUUGCUGCGUGAGCAGCAAUCCGGCUGGCCAGGUGUUUCUUCUCUGGGGCUGCCACACUCAGCGGCCAAUCGAGUGGAGGUCGAGUGUGGCGGUCUUAGGGGCGGAGCGUCCCUGGCGUGCCGCUUCGCGGCCCGAUCGGAAUAAAGACCACUGGGGGAGUGGUUGACGGCCGGUUUGGUUGGCGGGGUGGUGCGUUGGGGAGGACCAUAUGAGCCUCAAGGCUCGGUGUUCGCUGAUUUUCUUAAGUUAGUUAGUUAGUACUAGUGGCGCCACAGUACGUAACAAAUGAAGUAAGAAUUGAGUGAUGAUGAUUUACGUUUUACAUUUUUUAAUGACCGAAUAGUUCUUUUUUUUUUUUCAUUUUCAUUAUUCAAUUUGCUCUGCGUUUAAAUUUUCUUUUGUCCAAGAUAGUGAAAACAAAUCUUGCAAAGUCAAGGUGCCCUGCCCAAACCACAUCACUGAAUACAAGUGUCCAUGUGCGAUUAAUGUUGUAUGGGGUUAAUAAAGCGAUGUCAGGUUAGGGGUUAUAUUAAGUGCGGGUGGGUGGGAGGGCCCCAUUAAAUCAGUUAUCCCACUAAUCUGGAGGGCCCCACUAAUUCGAAGGAUCCCACUAAUUCGGACGGUCCCACAAAAUUCUUGACUUAAUUUUCAAUUUUAAAAAAAUAAUUAAACACAAUAAAAUGUGUUUCUUGUGCUUCACUUCUUCUUUUUUUAACUAUUUGUAUCAAAAUCCCAAUAUUACUUUUUGUUUACUGGAUCGAGCUAUUGCUCUUUUAAGGCCCCGGCUGGCACUUCACAGGCAUGCCGCAUCUGCUGGGCAUCACCGUAAAUCAGACUUUCUACGUGGAUGUCUGGGUUGUUCCCAACUCCUCGAAUUGUUAACACUGUAUUCUCGGCUGGUAAAUGCAUAGCUGUCUCCGGCGCCUGUCCGCAGUGACGGCAUCUAAGGUCCCGGAAAGGAUGUACUCUGUUCAAAUAACUUUGACUAGGGCAGCGGUCUGUUCUCAUCUGGGUCUGGGUGAGGAGGCUCUAGUUCCUAAUCUUUAAUCAAUGGAUGGAUUUAUCACUUUUGUAACAAAACAUUUUUUAAUGCAUAAAUAUGCCUAAAAGGCCGACAUCUGUAAUAUUAAUUGUAAUUUGAUAUAGUGUUAUGUAGAGGAGAGGCCCUGUCAACUGUCUACGACAUGUUUUCUUGUGCAACUCAUACAUGAACUUUGGCUGACCCCAAGUCUGGCAACGCGACGGGGUGUAGCUUAAUUUUUAAAUGGUGUCUCCUAGCCUUGACUACAUGUAAGCAUAGUCUAUAGUCUUUCGAAUUAGAAAUCUUUAGAACGAACGAGACGGGUCGAGGUACAGAAAUAAUACCGAACCCCUUUCUGGAAAAAGUCCCUAAGAAGGACUAUAAAUAAGCCGAUCUCCAUUGGGAUAUGGGGAGAGAUUUGCUAUUACGAUACAAGACAAAAAGAGAGCAGAGUUUUGCUUAUUAAUAUUUACUGUAUGUGUGUAUGCACCUUUCUCAACUUUGUUCCGGUACAAGGUCAUAGCUGUACCGUAAUUCAAUAGCCUUUGUUUCAUUAUAUUUGAUUUUGUAAUUUUUAAUUAACUUAAUAAACUAUUAUCUGUUUUUAUUAUUAUUAUUAUUAUUAUUAUUUAGGCAUUUUUGUAUAGCGCUUACCUUACAGCUCUAAGCGCUUUACAAUUAUUAAAAAAUAUGUAAACUAUUUAAACUGCUAAAGUAAAAGAAAAAUGAAAAACCAGAGACACUAAUUAGCCCUAGUUUGGGUAUCGUUUCUUUAAAACUGUGUUUAAUUCUUGGUAUCGUCCUUUGUUGUGUACUGCUUAUCACGACCCAUAUCUAUAAUAUAUAUUAAAAUGUCAACAGUUAAAAUAAGAUAUUAAAUUCUCUACGCUGACAACAGUGCGUAACAACAGUUUAGUUGUUUUUUUUUUUAUAAUUGUAAACGAGUGUCCUAGAAAUGAUGAUACCAGCAGAACGUAAGCUCAUAAGCUGACAGGAUAAGAAACAUCCUGGGCUAUGAAAUAUGGUGGAGUGGCGCCCAAGAGCGCACAAGUAGCGCUUUAUAUAGAGUGAUCAUAAUUUUAUGCUUUAACUUUUCUACCACUGCGAUCACAUGAUUGCAGAAUAUGACAACAUAAAAGGUAUAUAUGAAGUUUUCUAACAAAAGUUUUAAUAUAAUGCUUUUCUUUUAUGGCCAGAAAUGGAGAGGGUAAAAAAAGGUUAAGUAAAUAUUUUUUAAGAAUAAAUUUUCAAUUCUUUAAGAAAUUUAAACUUUAAAAAAAAAACUACGACAAUUUUAUAGUGAAAACAAUUCAAUCAAAGCAGUGGUUUAUUUUGAUAGACAUCAACUAUUUUUGUAGGGUUCAUUUAACUGGUGGGACUUUAGUGCAGCAAUUCUUCUUAAUUAAACAUUGGGGGAAAAACAAAACAACAUAUUUUACAAUUUUAGUAAAAUAAAUAGUGCCUAUGCCCUUGGACUUGCUAGCCAAAAUGUGGUACCAUGUCUGAUAGACAAAACGAUGUUUAUUCUCAGCAUCUGGUCAAAAAAAUUACUUUGAAAAUUACUAUCAUCAUCAGUUCAUUACAAUUAAACUUUUGAAUUUGUGUGUUUGAAGACUUUAUUACGAUUUUAAUAUAAAAAUAUAUUUAAAAAUUAUUUAUUUAAAAUAAAAAAUGAAAAAAAAAAACCUUCCUUUUGGUGGACCACACGUAAAAAAAGGGGGAGGAGGGAUUAGACUAUGGUAGAGAACCUUCACAAUCGACAUCUCGUUUCAAUUUAUUUUUAGACAAAGUGUAUUCACAACUUUCCAAAUCGUCCACUUCAUUCAUUACAUGUUUAUAUGUGUAUAUGUUUCCUCUAGUGGGGGCUCACCGGCCAGUGUGACGAGGACCUGUCCCAUCAGAUCAUCAACCGUUACGUAGACUGGGGCGGGAACUUCUUUGACACGGCCAACGUGUACGGGCGGGGCAGGUCCGAGGAGAUACUCGGGAAAUGGCUGGAAAAGUAAGGCGCCCUCUCAACGUCUUCGCCGCUUCGCUCUAGAUGGUUGUCCUUUUCUCUCUGGGCUCAGCUGAGCGGUUCUUAACCUGUUGUGUUUUUUUGCGUACAGCGUCAUACCCCUCUGUUUCACAACAUAUCCUGUACACUAUAUCCAUUUCAAAAUGUUUCCCGAAUCACUCCCCUUCCCCCCCCCUCCACCACCAAUCCCAUUUAAAUAUUUUAAAAAAUUGAAGUAAAAUAAAUGAUAAGAGUUGAAGAUAGGAGUUUCUGGAGCACACAGCUGAUGUACAAAAUUUGAAGAUACUAUCGGAAACUUUUGAUUUUUACUCUCUAUUAAUUUCUCAACACAUCAUCCGUAGUGAUUUUAACACCACUUAGAAGUCUUCAAUAAUAAUGGAGACUGAAAGCACCGGCCGAGAUAAGAUCUGCUAAAUUUAGAGUUUACCGCUCCACGACUUCAUUUUUUUAUUGCUUGACAGUUAAAUUAAAAAAUAUAAAGUUUGACCAGUAUAAAACCACUUAAUAGGAAUGGAUGAAUGAAUAAAUAAAUAAAUAGAUGGAUAGGUGUGAAGGUGAUAGGGAGGGAGAGAGAGAGAGAGAGCUGCUCCCCUCUCCCGGGUCUCCAGAGACGGUCUUCUGUCAAGGGCCGUGGGAGAUCUGCUCCCCUGUCCCAUGCCAUAAAAGGCGGUCUUCUGUCAAAGGCCGUGGGAGAUCUGCUCCCCUGUCCCAUGCCAUAAAAGGCGGUCGUCUUGCCAAGGCCGUGGGAGAUCUGCUCCCCUGUCCCAUGCAAGAAAAGGCUGUCUUCUGUCAAGGGCCAUGGGAGAGCCGCUGUCAAAGCAAGUACUAAUGGGACAUUUACACAUGGACGCAAAUAAUAAAUAUUUAUUGUUAUUUUUGUUAAAAUCGCGCUUGUAGUUUACAUAAUAUGUCACAUAAGUCAUGUGUCACGUCUGUUUAUUUCCCCAGACAGCGCCGUGACAACUACGUCAUCGCCACCAAAGUGAGGAUGUCCAUGGGCCCGGAGAAGACGCCGAACUACGUUGGGCUCAGCAGACGCCAUAUCACAUCCAGUAUAGUGACCAGUCUGGAGCGCCUUCAAACGAACUUUGUCGAUCUCUACCAGGUGAUUGAUGGGACGCUAGAAAUGUUGAAAAAUAACGCACCCAUAACUGUUCCAUUCGUUGGCUAAUCAUUGCUAUGUCCCGCGAUCUUCCCUGGGAUAUAACUUAACCAGGUUUGAAGUGAUGGCCGAGCAGUUUUUUUUUAAAAAAGUCUUUUAUCUGAAGUUGGGAUCGAUUUUCCGUUUCCAGUCUAGUCGUUCAUUUGAAGAAGCAAAAAAAAUAUUGAUCGCACAAAGUGGGGAGUUUUUUGUUUGUAUAUUUUAAAAAGAAGAAAAUGGCUAGAGGGAGUCUAAUUAUAUGAAUAAACAAAAUGAAUGAAAUGGCCAAAAAAAACAAAAUAACUUUUUAAAAAAAAGACGAGGAGGAGAUACAAUAUUAAAAGGUCGAUUUCGCAGGUAUUCUAAGCCCGCCCGAAUGUGUGAGAGACAUUUUAUUAGAAAUGGAACCGUUGGAUGUGACGUGUGAAGGGUAACGGACUACUAAAAUAACUUAACCCUGGGGACACUGUCAGUUCGCUUGGUUAUAAUUUAACCGUAUAAUCGAUAUUGCUGAUUCGCCAACCGUCACCGCCUUAUCUCCAUAAAAAAAAUAAAAAAUAAAAAGAUAAAAUACAUUUUAAAAAGCCGUUGCUUCAUUUACAUUUAAAUCUAGUGUAAUGCCAUAGAAACAGGUUUUAAAAUGAUUCUAAUAGUUUUACUUUUACUUCUCUCGGGGGUUGGGGUGGGGGGUAGAGAAUUACGCUCGUGUUAACACUAACCUAGCUGAGGUUCAUGCAACCCUAGGAGGCCCAAGAUUUAAGCCACCCCCCCCCCUUGCGCACAAAACCUCGGCAGUUGGCCGAAAAUCCCCUCCCCCCUUUUUCAGUAUAUUGAAAACAAGUGCCGCUCGGGGCUGACCACCCUUCCUACGCCAGAUCAGGGGAAACACUGCCCAAACAUCACGUGAUCAACAGAAUUCACCUGGUUUCCCUUGUUUUCUCAUUAAAACAAAUAUAUAUAUUUUUUCUUUCUGGCUUUUAUUCUAUGUAGUUCCCAAGUCAAGUGCCGUGUGUCACCUUCUACUGUAAGCUCUUGUGUACCCAUUCUUAUCCAAGCAGUGUUGUAGAUUGUAAUAUUAUAAAUGACGAAAUGCAAAUCUUAUUAAUAGGCGUCGUCACUCCUGCUGAUAAUUGCAAUGAUAAAUAAAUAAAUAAAAUCUACAACGAAAAAUGUUGUAUUCAAACUUUUUACUUAACCUUGUCUUCAUGACAGGCCCACGCUUUUGAUGACGCCACCAGGUUGGAGGAAACUUUACGUACUCUCGACGACUUGGUCCGUGUUGGGAAAGUUCGUUAUGUCGGUGUCAGCAACUUCUCCGGAUGGCAGUUGCAGAAACUGGUGGACACUUCAGAGAAGUUGGGGCUCAAUCCCAUCGUUAGUUUACAGGUAAUUUUUUUUUUUUGGUUUAAGUCAUUCAUUUGAGGAUUAAAUAAAAUGCUUGAAAAUGGGGGAUUUAUUAUGGAUUUUUAUUUAACAGGGACAGGAAUACUAAAACUGUAAAAUCUAAAUUAGUCUAAGAAUGAAAAAGGUGCAUUUAUUUUGUCACGAUCUAUCUAAUGCUCAAGUGAUCUUUCAAUGAAACUCUGUACUAUUUUCUGAAACCUCUUGUUUUGAUGUGCCAAAGGAAAACAUUGUAGUUAAGAAUUUAAGCAAAAAAAUCAACGUCAAUCAAGAUAACGACAGAUAAUGUGUUGUCUAAAUGCAAUUUUAAAUGCGCAACUCAGUUCUUAAUACUAAACUACCGGCUCAAUAGAACAAUCAAAAGGAAAUAUAAAACACGCAGAACUCUACGCCACGUUAACAAUGGAGUCAUGGGUGCCUGUUACUUCUUCUCUCCUGAUGGGUCUAUGAUUGUGGCUGGUUUCUCUUUGCUGCUUGUGGUCGCAAAGUGAUGGUAUCUGUCUGCUGUCAACACGACUGCAUACUUGUAAGGAAUUGACUCGACUUAUACAAGAAAGAGUGGCUAUUCCUGACAUGUAUUAAAAACCACCUACCCUAAAUAAUACUAUACAACACCCUGUGGUAACUACUUACCGUGGCUCGUCCAGGAUAUAACUAAAUAAGUCCACCUAAUAUAUCUAUCAGUCUCCUCUCAAUCAGCCGACCUCCUCCCCCCCCCUUUACAAAUUACAGCUUCUACAUUCUAACACCAUAUUUUGCACUUACCUCUACGUGGAAAUUCGAGGCAUGAACUAGUACAAAUCUCAAGGCCUAAAUCUAAAUACACGAAAAAAGUUUCAUGCGAGGACUGCAAGGCGGCGAUCAGUGAAAGAUCCAAAUUUCGCGUGGGUUAUACACCUGAAUGUCCCUUAAUAAAUUUUCCAUCAUAAAGCCUCCAAAUUUCCCAACAUAAGACUUAACAAAUUUCGCACCAUAACGCCAUCUAGUCGCAAACACCCCUUUAGAUCGUGUUUAAAGUCUGACAUAUUUCCACAAACUCCCCCCCCCUACCACCACCCCCCCCGCCCAUUUUCUUCUAGGCAUAUUCAAGCGAUUCAAAGAAAAGCUUUUCAUGUCCCUGAGAAGGCUGGGGAACCAUCUACACUUCUAGCCCUACCAUUGACCAUAGCCUCAGGGAAUCACUCUCCCACGACCUGCAGACCGGUUUGACCAUGACUGUAACGUAACGGUCAGCCCCGACAUAUGCUAAAAACAGACCAGUGCUAUUCACACUAGUGUGAUGCGGACUGGCUCCUGACUUCGAGCCCCUCUCUCACCUCUGUUCCAAAAUUGAAUAAGUAGGCCAAGAAAAUUGAAAAUACAAUUGGGAUUGGCCCCCUUUGGAAAGUUGAAUAAGUCCUCCUGGUCCCUUUCAAUGAAAAGUGUGAGAAGCCGUGCUGCAAGCAAUAUUCUUUAUUUUUCCCCAACCCUUUCUUUAGCAACAAUACAAUUUGUUAACAAGAGAUUCAGAAUUUGAACCCUUUCAAGUGUGCAAGACAUCAGGCAUCGGAGUUCUGCCUUGGAGUCCUUUGGCAGGGUGAGUUAUAUCUGUUACCCUUAUGCCGUCCUAAUCGGCCCAAUUCCUCCCCAUGUCACCCUGAACUUAUAAAUACAAUAAUAGACCCCAUUCCGCCCCAUUUUACCUAAACUAAUGAAUACAUUCACAAUGACAUGCUGAGCAAUAUAAUGUUGUGUUGUUGGGUCAACUUCCUCCUAAUGAGACUACUCUUCAUAUAUAUAUUUAUGAUGUAUUUUUGCUGUGUCGGGGGAAAAAAAGGGUGGGGGGAUAAGAGUGGUAGGGAUUAAAACAGGCUGACAAAAUCUACUGACAAAAUCUACUGACAAAAUCUACUGACAAAAUCUACUGACAAAAUCUACUGACAAAAUCUAAUGACAAAAUCUACUGACAAAAUCUAAUGACACAAUCUACUGACACAAUCUACUGGCAAAAUCUACUGACACAAUCUACUGGAAAUAUCUACUGGCUUCAGUCCGUUGAGGAAUUCUAACAACAUUUAAAAAUAAUAAGCAUUGUUUUUAUUGGUUUCUGUAUGGUGAAUGUUGGGACCAAUCAGAGGCCUGCUAACCGGCAAAGUAAAGCGAGGCAUGCUUCCAACAGAAGGUCGCGUUGCGGACGUAGCGGAAUAUUCCAGAAGGACAAACCGGCCUCUUCCGGGAAUGUGUGCUCUAACAGACAGAACUUUUGACAUCAUAGAGGCUGCCGAGGCCAUAAGCAGAGACAAUGGUGAGUAUCGCCAUACCUUACGGGCGCCAGGAUUGUGAUAUACACCAUUACAAUAGUGAGUAUCGCCAUACCUUACGGGCGCCAGGAUUGUGAUAUACACCAUUACAAUAGUGAGUAUCGCCAUACCUUACGGGCGCCAGGAUUGUGAUAUACACCAUUACAAUAGUGAGUAUCGCCAUACCUUACGGGCGCCAGGAUUGUGAUAUACACCAUUACAAUAGUGAGUAUCGCCAUACCUUACGGGCGCCAGGAUUGUGAUAUACAUUAUGAAAAUGGUGAGUAUCGCCAUACCUUACGGGCGCCAGGAUUGUGAUAUACAUUAUGAAAAUGGUGAGUAUCGCCAUAACCUUACCUGGGCCACGAUUCUUAAAUAUAUACCAAUCAAAAUUGUUAAUACCCCCAAACCUAAUUGUCAGUUUAUUGUGAUACGCAGGAAAGCAAGUAAAAGUUUAAGAAAGAACGAGAGAGGUAAUGGGAAGUCGAAGAGGUCUAGCCCUUGUGUCACAGAAGUAGAAGGCGACCCCCCAUCGCCCGUUUUUUAUCCAGUAAAAAAAAUAUGUGACAUUUUAGAGGGGUGGGGCAGGAACAGUGGCGUAGCGAGGCAGGUGCGGGGGGUGCGGACCGCACCGGGUGACACCAUUUUAGGGGUGACACCCCGAUUGAAAAAUUGCAUAUUUACAGGGCACACAUUGCUCGCAAAAAUCGAGAUUCAUAAAAGAAUAAUCGAUCACACAUAUAUUUUUCACAAAUCCAAAUCCGUGCUUUAUUAAAAGUUCAAGGUUAAUGCUAUACUGUGGACUUAUUUUAACAAGAAAAAAUCGAUCAUAGAAGUUUGGGGGGGGGGGUGACACCGUGAGUUUACCGCACCGGGUGACACCAACCCUAGCUACGCCACUGGGCAGGAAUGAAAUCUUUUUAAAAAUUUCAUGUAAAUUUAAUCAUCUUCUUGGGAAGCUUGGUGCAUAGGCGUUGGCAAAGAAAUAUCAAAGUAAAAUAAAAAAAAACAAAAAAAAAACAAAACUCCCUACCCCCCCCCCCCCCCCCCAAAAAAAAGGAAGAAAAAAAACUAGUGUGAAAACUGAACACCAUUUACUAUAUUGCACAGGUGAACGCAAAUUAACUAUUAUCUCUCAGAUUCUUGCUUAAUUUGGACGUAAGUCAAUUCAACAUCCAUGCACUGAUUUCUAAAGUGGACAUUUUUGUGUACCUUACACCAAAGAGAACCCUUUAAAACAGUAACAGUUUAUUUCUUAUGUGACUCCAGUCGUGGUUGACACCGGAGUCCUUGCAACACCACGAUUGUUCAUGACCUUUUGGUGUCCCCAGGUCACAGCGUGGCGCAGGUCGCCCUCAGGUGGCUGCUGCAGAAGGACGUCGUGUCGUCUGUCAUCAUAGGGGCCAGAACUCUGGCACAGCUGGACGAGAACCUGGCGGCGGGCAGUGGCUGGUCGUUAUCGAAAGAGGAGGUAAGUGCGAGCUCGUACACUUCAUCAGUAUUUAAAACAAUCACAACAUGUCAAGUGUUGCAGCAAAAACUUUUGAUAAAAACAUUUUAGAAGUAUAGAACCCUUGCAGUAACAACUUUUUAUAAAAACAUUUUAAAAGUAGAGAAACCUUGCUUUAUUUACGUCACGGCUGAAAGCUUUAAACUUAUCCACUCCUCUUCUAUAAAUAAAUUGCCUCUCUUCCACUCCUCCCCCCCCCCAAUACAAAAAAUAAAAUGGGUUCAAACCCACAAAAUUAUAAAAAAGCAGCUGGUAAACCUCUUACGUUAUUUUAUAUUCUCACGUAACUUUGGAUGUUAAGCCACAAAUAUUGUGGAGUAGGUCACGAUUUAAACAGAUUUAAAUUUAACACGAGGCUAAGAACCAAAUUUUAUAAGCAUUUUAUCAGAAAAAUCAUCGAAUUUACAAUAUUUAGUCAUAACUAAACAAUGAAAUUUAUAGUUUGACUAUAAAUGGAAGGCAGCAAAUAAAAAUAAACUUGUGUUUUUUUUUUCAGUAACUCGUGAAAACUGUUUUUUAAAAAAAAAUAUUUUAAGGAACACGUGUUAUUUGUAUUAAUUUAUUAUUUUUAUUUAAAAUAAAAUUAACGGUAGCAUUGAUAGCUGCCCCCCCCCCCUCUCCCAUGUCUCUGACAGAUGAAACAGUUGGACGACCUGUCUAGCCCCAUGGCUACCUACCCCUACGACUUGAUUUUCCAGUUCAACCAUGACCGACAGAACAGGCACACUGUCAGCCAGUACGUGGCAAAUCUUGACAAGUGACCUGUGACCCUCCGUCAAACGGAAGUACGAACUCACAAGUGCCAGGGGACACAUGUACCAAGUCAUUCAUUUGUACGGGAG